GAAGACGCACACUGAAUAAAUUAAGAGUACCUAAUAUUAUAUCGAUCUAUCGAGUGAGGCUUGCGGUGGCUACUUGCGCCGACGCUUGACGCAGCUACUAUUCAUCGUUUGACAAACACAGAGUUGAAUCAUUCCAAUUUCAACAGUUAUACUAUGUUCGAGACUUCGAGUCACGACCAUUUUGCAUUCAUCCGCGAAACAGUGCGCGCGCGCCCCGUUACAAUUAACAUUGCUGCGUUAUCGUAAAUAUUUCUACAAGUGUGAUAAGAUCAUUACAUCACUAAAUGAUAAGAGCCGCUAAGGAGUGAUUUGUCUUACCGAGUUAUCGCUAAAAUUCGACAUGCAACGUUACUGACUAAAUCAAGUGUUAAAACAAUUGCUAUUGAUUUUGUGUGUAUACAUUUUCGAAUGUCGUUGUGUAAACCAUGGGAACGGCGAAAAGACUGAAGGUUACAGUGGUCGGAGAUGGUAUGGUGGGCAAAACAUGCCUUCUAUACGUGUACACAAGGAACGAGUUUCCAAAGGAAUAUGUACCAACAGUAUUUGACAAUUACGUGGGACAUAUUACAGUCGAUGGCGAAGAGAUCGAGAUGGCGCUAUGGGACACAGCCGGCCAGGAAGAUUAUGAAAGAUUGAGGCCAUUAUCAUAUAACAGUACGAAUUGCUUCUUGGUCUGUUAUUCAGUUGGCAGCAGAUCUUCCUACGAAAAUGUUAUUCACAAAUGGUAUCCUGAAUUGAAACACUUCAGUUCUUCUGUACCUAUAGUUCUUGUUGCUACAAAAACUGAUUUAAGGUCAUCAGGAAAAGCUGUCAUCACAACUCAAGAAGGAAAGCAAUUAAAGAAAAAAAUCCGUGCUGCUCAACUAGUGGAAUGUUCCGCGCUGGAACGAGUGAACAUGCAUGAAGUUUUUGAAGAGGCUGUACGAGCUGCGCUUCGAAAAAAACCUGUUAUCAAAAGAACUUGUCAAUUCCUUUAGUUAUUUUAAGAGAAUAAAUACUUUAGAGAUCCCAAGAUUCAUAUCGUGAUCUUCAAGAUCCAUUCCACUGUUUGUAUAAAGACGUGCCAAAGUUUAACCGAGAGAUUAACAAUUUAAUAGAUAAGUUUAUUAUAUUAUGAUAAAUAACGUUUCCAACGUUAAGUACCUUUGAAAAAAUAUUUUAUACAAGCAAUACUUAUUAAUCCAAGAUUUAAUGAUAAUGAUCGAUUAUUAAAUCAAUCUUCUAUCUACUUAAAUUAUUUUAGCUUAUAGGUGCUUAUAGGUAGGUAAUUCUUACAAUAAAUGCAUUCAGUAUUGUGUUACACGCAUAUUAAUAUUUAAGUUAUACGAGUGGAAUAACGAGAAGUUUAUGUAAGAUUGUAUUUAUAAGAAAAAAUCAAUUUUAAAAAGACUAGGCUAUUAAUUUAGCUUCCCAAUUUACUGUAAUAAUUUGUUAACAAUCUACUUGGUACAUGAAUGUUAUCGGAGUACUUAUUUAAAAUUGUAUGCGACAAAUUCAAUAAUAAAUAUACGAUUUUGUUACCUA